CGAGGAGGUAGAGGAAGCAUCGACCGAAGAUAAAAUGGCGGCCGACCUCGUACGACUGGCGCUGUUCACAGAGUAUAAGCAUGGCCCGCUGCGUCGAGAUGAGAUCAAUAAGAAAGUACUGGGGAAGUAUACUCGCGCAUUCAAGACGGUCUUUGCAGCCGCCCAGGAGACCUUGAAAGACACUUUUGGCAUGGAGCUUGUUGCCCUAAAAACAGCUGGGCAUCGAGAACGGCUGGUGUUAGAAGAAGCGGAUGAAGCUCCAGAUGCCAAUGGCGUAACCAGAAAGAAAAUCGUGCCAGCUGGUCCCCGCGCGUGGAUCCUCCGCAGCUGCCUUUCAGAAUCCAUCAUAUCUGCGGCUGCAGAGCGCGAUCAAUCCACAGCUGAAGCUGAAGAGGAUGAGUGGUUACAUCUGCCGGACGACCCACUUCGGCCUGAGCGUGCACCAGGGACGUUGAUCGCUUGGCAGAGCGCGGACGAUGUUGGUCUCCAAGGGUUGAUGUUUGUCAUUCUGAGCUUGAUGCUUGUAAAUGGGAGAUCGAUGCCAGACCGUAUAUAUGCCAGCGUUCCAUUGACCACCGCCUCUGGGAAGAACGUCUCGCUGGACACGUAUCUUGGCACACUUACAAGGUUGGGUUACCUCGACCGCACCCGUACGCAUCUCGCCGCACUCGGUACUCAAGCUCCCCCAACCCAAGCACCUGGUCGUGGGCGACGCGGCCGGGGAUCUGAUGAUGUUGAAGAAGGCGAUGUUUCGUAUGAAUGGCGCUGGGGCCCACGGGCCGAAGCAGAAAUUGGCGAGAAGCGCGCAGCUGAAUUUAUUGCUGACGUGUACUUGAACAGGAGGGAGGAGGUUCAGGGAAUCGAAGAUAGCGAUGAGGAAGAGGAACCGCAGCCGACGAGGCGGGGAAAGGGAAGAGGAAAGCAGGAUGCGGCUUCAGAGAAAAGAAGGCUUAAGCAGGCGAGGAAGGAGAAAGACCGCAGAGAGGUGCAGCGGAUCCUCAAGGAGGUCGAGCGAGCAGCAGGUGGGGACCUUGUGGCGUGA